AUGAACGGAUACGGAUCUCCCUACCUGUACAUGGGGGCCCCGGUGUCCCAGCCCCGGGCCCCGCUGCAGAGGACCCCCAAGUGCGCCCGCUGCCGGAACCACGGGGUCCUGUCCUGGCUCAAGGGCCACAAGCGCUACUGUCGCUUCAAGGACUGCACCUGCGACAAGUGCAUCCUGAUCAUCGAGCGGCAGCGCGUCAUGGCGGCGCAGGUGGCGCUGCGCCGUCAGCAGGCCAACGAGAGCCUGGAGAGCCUGAUCCCGGAGGCGCUCCGGGUGCUGCCCGGCCUGGGGCUGCCCGGGCCCGGCGAGGCGAGCCAGGGCCCCCCGCUGGGCUCCGACGAGCUGGAGCUGAGGUGGAGCAGCUCGGAGCCGGUGCAGGCCGCAGCGCAGACAGGUGAGGAGGAGGAGGAGGAGGAGGUGGAGGAGGAGAAGGACGGAGCUGAUGACGCGUCCGGAGGAGACAACUCCUCCAGUGAGAAGGAGCAGGAGCUCCUCAGCUCCCCGGAGGCCUCCAAGCCGACCUCCUGCUACACCCCGGAGCCCCCGGAGACCCCCAGCCAGCCGGAGGAGAUCCGCUACAGCCCCCCCAAGGCCGACAAGGAGGCCAAGACCGAGAGCCCCCCCCACAAGCCCCCGGUGGUGGUGGGCGGGGCGGAGCAGAGCGUCCUGAUCGAGGGCCUCUCGGGCUCCAUCCACCUGCCCUUCAGCCUGCGGGCCCACCGCCCCCCCCUGGACGUGCUGAAGCGGAUCUUCCCGGCCCACAAGCCCCCGGUGCUGGAGCUGGUCCUGCGGGGCUGUGGGGGGGACGUGGUGGGGGCCAUCGAGGUGCUGCUGUCCAGCCGCGGGCCGGACGCGCAUGCACACGGGGACGCGCACGCGGACGCCCUGAUUCUGCCCUCUAGCGGACACCUGUUCGAGCACGCGCUGGGCUCGUACCACCCGGUGACCCCCCCCUCCGCCAAGUGGUCGGUGGGCUCCGCGUUCCGCGUGCCCGAGUCGCUGCGCUUCGACGCGGCCGCGUGCCCGCUAGGCGCGCCCCUGCAGCAGCACCCGGCCUUCCCGCAGCCCACGCGCUACCCGCUGCUGUUGCGCAACUCUCUGACGCGCACGCAGGCUGGGGGGGGCCCCUUCGUGCACAGUGACGUCACCCUGUGGAACACCAUGGCCCUGCAGCAGCAGUACCAGCUCCGGUCCGCCGCGGCUGCGCAGUACGGGUCCCCCUUCUCCCCAGGGGGGGGUGCCGUGUUCCGCAGCCCCCCCACCCUCCCGGCCAGGACCCCCGAGGAGCCGCGGGGGGGGCUCCAGGAGGAGGGCUGCACGCUGGGGCCCAAGGGGGCGGGGCUCUACUCCCCCGAGGAGGAGUACGAGGAGCGGUCGGACUCCUCGGACUCGCGCGUCCUCAGCUCCUCCACCUGA